UAGAUACAAUUGCUCUCAAAAACUGAUAUAAAAGCGCUGUUCAGCGAAAAUGUCCCAAUCGAAACGCUUAGCCCCCUUGAAUUGGUUCAAAAAUGGAAUUUUCCCUACUGAUAAUUGUGCUUGUGCUCUUACCUGUAUUUACACCUGUCCACUGUCAGGUGGCCUGCAAUGCGAAGAGCGGUGCUGUCCGCCAGAAACGCAUCGUUCUUAGCAACCCGGGCACAGGUGAGUUGGCCAAGUUGGACACUUGCCAGUACCGCGUGGCGCCAUGGAGCGGCCAGGUGUGUCAGGUGCGCUUGGAUUUCGUGCGCUUGGAGCUGCCGCAGCCGCAGGUGAAUGCCAAUUCCGGACUGCUAGAGUGCGUCGAUUUUCUGCAGGUUCAGCAUUUCCGGCUGUGCGGUCGCAACAGCGGUCAGCACUUGUAUUUACCAAUUCGUCGAGGUCAGGAACUUCAGCUUUUGUUCCAGUUGGCCACGCCCCUAGGUAAACAGUCCUCCUGGCAGUUGACUCUCACCCAGCUGGAGUGCCCCAGGGAUUCCCUUACGUUGAAUACAAGGCAACCCGAAGUACAGACACCAACUGUGCGACCGAUUCUGCCCUUUUUGGGCAACUUUCUGCCACGAACCAUUUUCGGCGGACAAUCUGGGAUUGGCUCGGGGUCUGGUCCUGCUGCUCAGCUCAUCCAAACUCUUACCUUGCCAUCUGUAGCUGAUCUGGAGAUGCUGGCUCCUCUGGGUUGCGAUCAGUACUUUCGGACUACCACUGGAGGCAUCGUGAGCUUCAACUUUGCUGGUGGCAUCUAUAUGCCCAACAUGAGGUAUUCGAUUUGUGUAAAGGGAGCGGCAGACAGCGAGAUAAGCUACAAGAUCGAGCACUUUGAAUUGUCGAAGGCGAACUCCGAGCAGUCAGGACCUGCCUACGACACCGAUUGCCGCAGUACAGUGUUGACUCCGUUGCGUGUAUCGGAUUACCUGGGCAUUCCCAAUUCGUACAUGGUUAGUAGGCCGGAGCUUCAGGCCACUUACUACUGUGGCAAUGGUCUGACUGGACAGGAACUUGUGGCUCGACCACCGUUUGUGCUGCGAUUCGCCAGCGACUCGCAGUCCAGUGCAUCCGAAACGGGCUUUCAACUGACGUAUACGGUCCGCCGGUCACAGGAAUCUCCAGUGACCGCAGAACUGUAAAUUGGCAUAAAUAAAGCCGGAGUCUUAACUAAAUCAACGCACACAAGUCAACUGAAAUUGACAUUAUUAAAUGCUGCAGUGAUACUCGCACUGUGAGCCAGGACAUUCCAUGGCAACGGAUUUGCCUUAAUUAAAUGCCCGGCUCCGGCAUUAAGUCACAUGUAUCUAUAUAUGCAAAUAAAUUAUGGA